CGCCCUCCCCAAACCCCACUGACUAACCCCGCUCCACUUGGCCCCCUUUACCCCGCCCCGCCUCAGUCCGGGGGAUUUCCCAGGCAUCCCAAAGAUUGAAUUUCCUGCCGGGAGGGAGAGAGUGCAGAUAAAAGGGAUGCGGAGGACCCGAAGAAGUCACGGUGCUCUAGAGCUUCAAAUCCCACCCCUUCUCCCUCCUGAACCCCUCUCGCUGAGUCUCUUCGCCACUAUGAGACUCCUGUCCAGCCACGCCGCCCGCAUCCCCGGCCCUUCGGGCUCACUGUGCUUGCUGCUCGCGCUGCUGCUGCUGACGCCGCCAGGGCUCCUCGCCAGCGCGGGUCCUGUCGCGGUCAUAGUGAGAGAGCUGCGUUGCAUGUGCUUAACCACCACACCGGGGAUUCAUCCCAAAAUGGUCAGUAAUCUGAAGGUGAUCGCCCCAGGACCGCAGUGCUCCAAGGUGGAAGUGGUAGCCACCUUGAAGAACAAAAAGGAAGUCUGUCUGGACCCAGAAGCUCCUCUGAUCAAGAAGGUCAUCCAGAAAAUGUUGGACAGUGGAAACAAGAAAAAUUAAGAGAAAGGACUGUGCAUUGGAAAAAUUGCCCAGUUCUUCAGCAGAAGAGUUUUCUGGGGAUCUCUGGACCCAGUGAAGACAAGAAGCAAGGGCUAAUUUUCUCCAGUGAGUUAGGUUUCUGUAUGAAUUCCCCACUAUAAGAGAGAGAUGAGAGGAGGGAAACUAUGUUUGUCCCUGCAGCUUUCUGCUCAGUUUAUGGCGUGUUUAGCGUAGUAUUUCCUGCUCCUUAUUUGCUGUUAUUUUAUCUGCUAUGCUACUGAAAUCUUUGGCAAUUAACUAAAUUGUGAAUCAGGAAUCAUUGGUUGUUAAUCUUUCAAGGUGACUAUUGUAUUUCUACAAUAUAGUUCUUAUAGUGCUAUGGAAAAAGCUGUGUCUUUAAUGUGUGAAUGAUAUUUCAUUAGAAUGCUGUAUACGGAGAUAAACUGUUAUUCUCACCCUUUCAUGAAAUAGGAACUACUUUAGUAUUGUUUCUUGAGGAAUAUGUUAGAGACAUAUUACUCUUACUCUUGACCCUGGUUAGCUAGUUAAGUUACAUUGCAUUAGAAAUCUGGAUAUAUUAUAUAGUUAUCUGUGUGGAAUAUAUUUCCUUAU